ACUUUUAUUCCCAGUCAUCGUUUCAGCUUGUUCAACUUCACUUGUUGGUCUUGCGUACGCGAGUGGUCUGUCGUCUGUUUUCCAUAAAAAAAAGGAUUUCACCUUUCGUGUUUUAUAAUCACAUAGUGUAAUAUAGUGUUGAAUCGCUAAUAUUCUUUCCAGAUUAUUUUUCUACGUUACUAAACUGUCUAGCAGGAUGACUGAGCCAAAAGCCGAUAUCGCUCUCAUUGGCCUGGCCGUAAUGGGUCAAAACCUUAUCUUGAACAUGGACUCGAAAGGUUUCGUGGUAUGCGCGUAUAAUAGAACUGUUGACAAGGUUACUCACUUCCUCAACAACGAAGCCAAAGGAACAAAAAUCAUUGGGGCCAACUCGCUUCAGGAUAUGGUAAAUAAACUGAAGAAGCCACGCAAGAUCAUGAUGCUGGUUAAGGCCGGCAGCGCAGUCGAUGAUUUCAUCAAUCAGCUGCUUCCGUUGAUUGAGAAGGGUGACGUUAUCAUCGAUGGAGGCAACUCCGAGCACCAGGAUUCUGCCCGUCGCUACGAAGAGUUGAAGGCCAAAGGCAUCCUCUAUGUGGGUUCUGGGGUUAGUGGAGGCGAGGAGGGCGCUCGGUAUGGUCCCUCGUUGAUGCCCGGUGGUCAUCCGGAUGCGUGGCCGUUGAUUAGAAAUAUUUUCCAGGCUAUCUGUGCCAAAUCGAAUGGUGAUCCGUGCUGCGAGUGGGUCGGUGAGGGCGGUGCUGGUCAUUUCGUCAAAAUGGUCCACAACGGUAUCGAGUAUGGUGACAUGCAGUUGAUUUGUGAAGCGUACCAUUUGAUGUUGGCUCUCGGGAUGACCCAGAAGGAGAUGGCCCAAGAAUUCGAUGAGUGGAACAAGGGUGUAUUGGAUUCUUUCCUGAUCGAGAUUACACGGGACAUUUUGAACUACAAAGACGACCAGGGAUACCUGCUGGAACGUAUUCGAGAUACUGCUGGCCAGAAAGGAACUGGCAAAUGGACAGCCAUCGCUGCCCUUCAUCACGGAGUUCCUGUGACGUUAAUUGGCGAAGCGGUCUUCUCACGUUGUCUCUCCGCUCUUAAGGAAGAACGAAUCAAAGCCAGCAAACAAUUAGCUGGUCCUAAUGUGAGGCCAUCGGUUGCCGAUAGAAAGGCAUUCCUGACGCACAUUCGCAACGCUUUGUACUGCGCCAAAAUUGUUUCAUAUGCCCAAGGAUUCAUGCUGUUGCGUGAAGCUGCCGAUGAAUACAAGUGGAAUCUAAACUAUGGCGGAAUCGCCUUGAUGUGGCGUGGGGGCUGCAUAAUUCGUAGCGUCUUUCUUGGCAACAUUCGGGAUGCUUUCGUGAGGAACCCACAGCUCUCGAACUUGUUGCUGGACAACUUCUUCAAGGAAGCCAUCGUGAAGAAUCAGCAAUCGUGGCGCGAAGUUGUCAGCCAAGCCGUACUGUGGGGGGUUCCAGUUCCUGCGAUGUCCGCUGCCUUAUCUUUCUUCGAUGGGUAUCGUUCGGAUCGUUUACCCGCUAAUUUACUGCAGGCUCAACGUGACUAUUUCGGGGCGCAUACAUACGAGUUGCUCGGUAAGGAGGGUAAAUUUGUGCACACCAAUUGGACUGGAAAGGGUGGCAAUGUUUCGGCUAGUACCUAUUUGGCCUAACUGAAUGAAGCCAGCACCAUUUCCGAACAUGAUGCAUUCCCGUUUCUGACAAGAGUACAGAUUUUUAUUAAAAGUUGUUAUUUAUUGUUGCUUAUCUUUUCGCUUUCGUAAUUGUUUUCCAUGCAAUAAAACGCUUGCCAAGGAUGAAA